CUAAAGUUUGCGCCAGAGGUUGCCUUCGAAAUUCACACACUCCCAUAGGGACUAAGAAUUUGAAUUCUAUCCCAUUUAAGUGUUCAAGCCUAAAACCGCUAUGGAGUCAUUAAUUCAUUUGCUUAACAAAAAAAAUCAUUAUUCUGUGUACUAGAUAUAUUUUAAACAGAUUUGAAUACAGCAAUCUAUAUGUUAAGGCAUUGACUUGGAUAGCAUCAUUGAAAGCCCCACUAUGGAUGUCUAUUCCUUUGUGCGCUUUGUUCUUCUCAUGACCAUUACUAAACUAUGCCAAACUAAGGAUAUUUUCAAGUGCGAUUUCCACGAUACAAUUGAUUUAACAAAUGCCUUUCGUUAUGACGAUAAAUAUUUCUUUAAAAAUCAUAUGUUUUCCCCUGAGGUAGUAGAAGUGUAUGACUAUGAAGAAACUCUUGACGGACAUCUGGUAGAUCGAGAACCACAUCCUAGGGCUUGCUUUUGUAAUGUCCAGUUUUGUAUGAAAUAUUGCUGUAAUCCCCACAGGGAAUGGCUUUCACCCGAUGGCAGACAUUGUCAGAAGUUCAACAGUCCUUUGCUAUAUAACGCUAAAGUUCAAGUCUUACUAGAUAAUGGUUAUAUUGAGUCACACAAUGUUGAAGAUAAUUUCAUCAUAACACAGGGAAAAGUGUGCGAAAAUAGCAAAGUAGUUAAGCCCAUCACGGUUAAUUGGCAUAUUAUGGAAAAUGGAUCGCUUUUACUAGCUGAUGAUAAGGGUUCGAUGGUGCCAAGGAGAGAUUUUUGUCUGAUGACCCUAAGAACUGAAACCGAUGAUGACGAUGAGGAUGAUAAGCAAUGGUUUUUGGAGCCCUUUGUCUGUUCUGAGCCAGAUGUAAAUGACGGGGACACCUACACCUACAAUCCCAACAAGGAAGGCACUGGCUUAAUUGGCAUAAUUUCAACUCCUUUCAUACUUAUGACAGUGGUAUUCCAUAUGGUGCGACCAGAGCAUAAAAAUCUUCGAGGUAAAUGCCUAAUACUUUGCCUGGCUUCAAUGGCCAUUGGCAAUACUCUUCUCUCCGCAGUUUCCCUAAGUGGUGCUCUAUAUCCUAGGGUGCUGUGCCAGACUAUGGGUGUUAUGGCCUAUUUAUUUCUGGAGAGCAGCUUCAUUUGGCUUACCAUCAUUGGCUAUGACAUGUGGAGGAACUCUAAAACUUUUAUAGCUAUUUUCAAUGAAAGAAAGCGUUUUUUUAAAUACUUGGAAUAUGGCUGCGGUAUCCCCCUGGUAUUAACAACAGUUCUAAUAUUUCUUCGCAGAAUUGAUCUGCCGGACAUCUACACACCGAAUAUGGACAGAGAAUAUUGCUGGUGGAUAUCUUAUGAUUGGGCAGGAGUCCUAUAUUACUUUGGCCUAAAUGCAUUUAUUUUGCUUAUUAAUUUCCUAUUUUCUGCCUUGACCCUAUGGAAGGAGUUACCCUACAUGAGGAAGUGUGAGGAGUUGAGGCGCUACAUAGAUAUGGUGGAGAGAAGUCUUUGUCUCUACUCGCUUCUGUUCGCGAUUAUGGCUUCCUGUUUUGCAUUUAAAAUGUAUGUCUUUAUGAGUGAUUUGCUGGAGCGCAAUACGAGCCCCGUUACGGUCUAUAUUGCCGAGAGUGUUUCCAUUACCGAAGGACCUUUGAUAUUUUUUGUACUUGUGCUAAUGCCAUUGUCAAAACGGAGAUGGCAGGGCAGCAGUGCAUCCAUUACAGAACUCGAAGAAUCUUUACAACGUGCUGAUACCAUGGAAAGUACCUAUCAAGCUCCCAUUGUGAUCACUAGUCAACUAAAAUGAUUAGCAUUGAAAUCUCAGGGAGGAAAAGGGGUGUUUAGUUUUACAGAACAAUUUGAAACAAUUUUUUAGAGUUGUAUUACUUUUUUUUUAGCAGUUGAAAAAUUAAAGGUAAAUCCAAAACUCCUA